GGACUUGAUCUACUUCAACAAAGUCUGGAGCGUCUUUGAUGGAAUUGAUGCUGACCGUGAUCGGCGACUCACAAUGGGUGAAUUUCGGAAUGGCUUGUCACUGCUUGGCAUGAGUUCGGUGGUCAACCCAAAGUCCCUCUUCGAUAGCCUUGACAGGAACCGGUGUGGACUCAUUCUCUUCGAUGAGUUUUGUCGCUGGGUCGCGUCUGUUCAGUGUCCGGUGGAUUCCUCGGUCUACACAGCCCCGGCUCCAGCCUUGCAUUCUCCCUCAGCCAAACACCACUCAAAGGCCGUGCAACAUAGCCAUUCCGCCAAGACCCAGAUCGUGAAUCAGUUUGAAGUGGCGGAGAAGAAGCUGCAAGCUCUCCUGAAGGACAAGCGGCAACUGCACCAACUUUGGCGCAAGAUGGACUACAAUGGAAACGGCCUGGUCAGCCUCGCAGAGAUGGAUGGCUGCGUCACAGAUUGCUUCCCUGAAGCGAACAACAAGCCGGCAUUGAUGCGGGCAUACAAGGCGACAGUGCGCAACCCCGACGGCUAUGUGCACAAGAGUGAGUUCCGGGCACUCCUCCGGAACAUGUUCUACUUCAACAAGCUCUACUCCUUGUAUGAGGUGGUGGAUGUUGACGAUGACCGGCGAAUGGACUUGAAUGAGUUCCGCGGUGGCUGCUCAGUUCUGGGCCUUAAGCUGACUCCAGCUGAAGCCUUCGACGAGUUUAACUUCAUGGACGAGAACGGGGGCGGCAAAGUGCUCUUCGAUGAGUUCUGCAAGUGGGCGGCCGGGCGGAAGCUGCCCAUUGACUGA